AGCGACCGUCAGUCAGCCUCGAUGACGGAAUGUGUGAAAAUUAUAAGAUGGUGAUCAACUGUAUUUUGUAUUUUGGCUAUUGCAAUUAAAAGUAGUGCUUUAAUUUUAUAAAAAAAUGUGAAAAAUGUGUUAAAGAGUGAUCUCACACCAUCCGAAAUUUAAAAUAAGUAUAGUGAACUCAAGAGUGAAUAGCUUGUAGGUGCAAUCGUUGACAUUGUUUCGUUAAAAAUCUUUGAGUCCAUCGAGAUUGAUAUGUUUAUACUGGUCCUGUGCGCUUCUUUGACACCUAGCAUAUGGCUUAAGAGAUCCUGAUGUUGCUGAAGUUAUGGAGAAACUGGAUAUAACGAAUGCCAACAUGGAGGCUACAGACUUUGUAGACACAAAACAGUCGAAACAGCGGGCUUCAAUAAAAUGGUUGUUAUCGAAGGCCUUCAAUAACAGAGUUCCGGAAAAUCUACAGGAGCCGUUCUACAGAGAUCACGAGGACUUGGAACACUUGAAACCACCUAUAUGCGGCGGUUUGGCCAACGCGGAGCUGUACUGCCUGGCGCUGGCCAACAUGUACUCGGAUCCGAACUACCAUAGCCUCAACCAUUGGAACAUCCUGCAGACCCUAGUCAGGAAGGGAAUCGACGUUCCCGACCCACCCGACUGCGCGCUCACCGAAACAGUUUUAAUUCAAACGAAUCCGCUAAAAAUGGGCGCGCACAUGGUCGUAAUCGAAGCUCUGAUGAAGCUGUACGCUCGAGAGGUUGUGACCGCGGACCGCGUGUGGGCGGCGGCGCAGCGUUUCGGGGCUACGCUGCCGCCCAUCAACUCGGCCUCCACCCACGAGGCGGGUAUCCUGUGUUGGGUCAACGCGGCCUGCGCUGCGUUCAACAAGGCUGAGGAAUCAACACCGCCCGUGCCGACGGUGUCCAGUCUCCAAGAUCUGUGCGAAGGCACAUCCCUGGCGGCGUUAGUGUCGUUCUACUGUCCUGAAGCGUUGCCUCGCUCUGCGCUGCGGGUGGGCCGCGUCGCUUCGAUACAGGAUUGUCUGCACAACCUGAUGCUGGUGCACGACUUCUGCGCCAACUACCUGCCUCAUAACAUAUUCCAUAUGAUGCCCGAAGACGUCACUUACAUGAGAGGGUCAAUGAAACAAAAUUUAGUAGCGAUGCUCGCCGACCUGUUCAACGUGCUAGAAGUUCAUCCGGUCAAAUCAGUAAAGUGCCCGGGAAGCGAGCGCGAGGCGUGCAACGAGCACGGCGUGCGGCCGCGCCGCGCCCUGCCCGCCCCCGCGCCCUCGCCCAUCCCCGACCUGCGCCCCGACCGCCCGCCGCACGACCUGCACCACGCCGUGCCCUUCGCAGUGCCCCGUUCGCCGUCGGCGAGCAGCGGGCGGCCCGCGCCCCGCCGCUCGGCCAGCUCGACGCCCGAGCGGCGCAGCUGCAGUCCGCAACGCGAUCAGUUCGUCGUGCACCGCGGCAAGGCGGUCACCACGCUCGCCUCCCUAGCCAGGAGGGACGACGAUAAUGGAUACGAGGCGGGCCCGAUAGUGCCGGCGGGGCGGCCCACCCGCGGCGAGGGCCGGGACAGCUUCGCGGGGCGGCGGUCGCGGCGCGGCUCCGUGUCCGACGACAGCCAGCUCACGGUCGAGAACUUCGGCGGGUCGCAGGACACGCUGCACUUCGCCGGGCGGAACCCCGAGAAGGAGCUGGCCAUCGUCACCAACGUCAGGAAGAUAUCUGCGCCCGCAGGACCCUUAGACAGCUACAACCCACCCCUGCGAUCAUCGCGACAAGACAUCCGAGGCUCAUUCCAACUGUUCGACGACUACAACGGCGCUCCCGACGAACGAUUCAAGGUGGAGCGGCCCCCGCCGCAGCUCAGCGACCCCCCCGCGCCGCUCCGCCGCCAGCGCAGCACGGACGCCGUCAACUCGCCCGCAGCCAACUACUUCACGUACAAGGGCGGCGGGGACGGCGGCGGCGGCGGCGGCGGCGGUGGCGGCGGCUUCUACCUCGGCGAUAACAGGGACGCCACCGACGGCGAAGCGAUCAAGACUAGCUUCGCCGAUCUCAACAAGAUCAGGACUAACGGUGACCAGACAGGCGCCGCGUCACAGUUCGGUCCGGUGGAGACGGAGCAGACGGACCGGCGGAAGACCACGACGUUCUCAACGCCGCCGCUGAACACGACGACGUGGCAGCAACAGUUCUUGCAGCAGGAGAACCAACUCAACGGCGAGGAGGGCGCGGGCGAGGGCGGCGCGGGAGGGGGCGGCGCCAUGGCCGCGCAGCUCAACAACAUCCGCCUCAAGCUGGAGGAGAAGCGGCGGCGCAUCGAGCUGGACAAGCGGCGCGCGGAGCAGGCGCUCUCCCGCCAGCGCCAGCAGCUCGGCCACCAGGCCUUCCUGCAGGCCGUCACCAGGGAUGCAUAUUUGAAAUACCAGUUGGCCUCUUUGGGCAAGGGCGCCCGCACUCCGCCGGAGGACGAGCCCAAGCAGGAACCCGCACUAACGCAGGACAUGGUUGUUGAACCGCCGAGUCAAUCUGUCGAUAACGUGGUCUUAGAGCAAUACCAGCAGUCGAUAGCCAAAAUGAACUCGAGCCUGCAAGAUAUACAAAGCGACAUAGCGAGGUUAGCGAACCAACAGAAUCAAUUGCAGCAUCAGCAACAUCAGCAACACCAGCAUCAACAGGCGAAGCAGUUGUUCCAGCAACAACCGCAACCACAGCUUGUACCGCAGUCGCAGCCGCCGCCGUCGCCGGCGCCCUACCAGCAACACUACCAACCGAACAUUCCACAGCUGCACAGCCAGUUCAGCUCACAGCACAACGUCGCUCGCUCCCCCCUCUCCGGCUUCGGGUCCACGCCGCACUUGCCGCGCGACCUGCGGGACCAGCGGGAAAUGUGGGACCAGCGAGAUCAACGGGAUCUGCGGGACGUGCGAGAUCAGUACUAUCCGGCGCAGUACCGCGACAUGGACGAGUACAGUCGGCAACAGUUCUACCUGCACGACAGUCCGCCCCCGCCGCAGCGACGCACGUGGGCGCAGCACGCGCAGCACCAGCACGAGCAGGAGCACCGCGGCUGGCAGUUACACCAACAAAGUCAGCCGCAGUACCAGAGAGAGCCGGAGCCCCGCACCUGGCGCUCUCCUUCCCCCUCCGCCUCUCCGCAGCCCCCCGUGGAACGGAGCUGGACUCCGCAAGGGUUUACGCAACCCUUUCAUGUCCACUAUUCCCAACAGAACGGCAACGACACACAAAAUCACCUCAGCUACGUGGUCAGCGAACAGCAACACCAACAUCACACCCAUCAGCAACACUCCCACCAGCAACAGCAGCCGCUUAAACCGCAACAACUACAUCAGCGGCAAGCCUCCCCAGCGCCGCCGCCGCCCGACGACAUGCAGCCGCAGAACAUUUCGUUCAUUGGGAACGCGGAAGACGACGCACUGCGGCACGGCAUCGCGCGCCUCAACAUCUCGUCGGGCACCCGCACCUACCGCAUCCCCUCCCCCACGCGACCCACGCUCGCCAGGAACUCGUUCCAGCAAGAGGAGCUCCCCGAGAACGAGAAAGGCUUUUACAUAUCGUUCGAUAACGAACAGCCGAAGCGCGCGAAGCCCCCGCUCCGGCCGAAGCGAAUGUCCCCGAAGAAGGAGAGGUCGAGCGAAGCGCCGAGCCCCGAGCGCGGUCCCGGCGCGGCGUGGGGCGACCGCGUGCCCGCGCACGAGGAGCCCUGCGUCCCGCGCCGCGCCCCCUCCCCCUCCCCCGAGCGAGCGCGGCCCAGCUCGCCGCAGCCCGCUGCCGCCCUGCUCAUCGGGGAGAUGAACCCGGAUCCCAACUCUGCGGAGGAAAUGGAACGCAAGAAGGAACGCAUAAUGUUGUUGUCGCUACAACGGCGGCAGCGCGCGGACGAGGCGCGCGCGCGUGCGGAGGCGGCGGCGGCGGCGCGGCGGUCGCGCGAGGACGCCGCGCAGGAACUCAAGCAGGCGCGGAAGGAGGAGCAGGCGCGGCGCCGGGAGGCCAUCCUGCAACAGUACAAGCUCAAGAAGGCCAUCGAGGAAGCCGAACGAGAGGGUAAAGUGAUAGAUAAGUCAGAAUUAUUGGAGAGUAUGAAACACGGCAGCAGUCCAGCGAGCAGUAACCCUCGGCUGCGGUCCCGGGGCGCCACCACGCGCGCCCGGCCCAAGACCAUCCACGUAGACACGGGCGCACUGCACGCCGCCGAGGGGAUGCUCGCCAAGCAACCGUCCGCCACCAACCUCGCAGCGGGCGGCGGCUCCGUGCGGCGCGACUACUACCGCGGCUCGCAGGACUCGCUCGCCGAGCGCGCCGGCCUCUACCGCGAUUCUCCAGUAGACGACCGCGGAGGCAUGUCCCCGAGCAGCGCCUCGAGCGGCCCCCUCGGCCGGAGGGGCUCCUGCAAGACUUCCAGAGAGCGUGUGAAUGAGGAACCGCAGUCGUCACGUGGAAGGUCUAAAUAUACGAGUUACCAGAGUAACUUUAAGGCGGGGCGCAAGUCAAGCUCUCUAAUGAACUUGUGCGACUCGGGUCUCGGACGGGCCACGCCGCCGCGCCGAGCCGCCUCCCCCGCGCACCGCACCGCCGCCUCCGGGCCCGGCUCGCUGCCCGGCGCGCUGCCCGGCGCCAUCGGCAAGCGCAGGCAGCACGACGACAACUCCGACGUCUCCUCCACGCACUCCUCCAUCAUGGACUACUCCGCGAGAUCCAGUCGCGUCCGACGUUCAGUUAAAGGUCCGCGGCUGUAUAAGCAGCCGACGACCAAGUCGAACCGCGGCAUAAUGUUGAACGCGGUGGAGUACUGCGUGUUCCCGGGCGCCGUGAACGCGGAGGCCAAGCGGCGCGUGCUGGACGAGGUGGCGCGCUCCGAGUCCAAGCACUUCCUCGUGCUGUUCCGGGACGCGGGCUGCCAGUUCCGCGCGCUCUACUCCUACUGCCCCGAAACGGACCUCAUCGCCAAGCUCUACGGCACCGGCCCGAAAGUCGUCAACGACAGGAUGUUCGACAAGUUCUUCAAGUACAACUCCGGCAGCAAGUGCUUCUCGCAGGUCCACACGAAGCAUCUGACGGUCACCAUCGACGCGUUCACGAUACACAACUCGCUGUGGCAGGGCAAGAAGGUGCAGCUACCCAGCAAGAAGGACAUGGCCUUAGUCAUAUAAGCGGGACGAGUCGCUUUGUGAGAGCAAACGCUAUAUCUAGUCGCCGGCGGCGGACCGGCAGUAGGGCCAGCAGUAGUCCGCGCCAUGCCGAUGGUAACAAAUUAAUCAAGUACAGUAGAUUGGGGGGAAUAGGGGACUAGAGGUAGAAUAGGGACAAAUCUGGGAUGUCACAAUACUUUCGUCGGGCUGUUAGAGAUUUAACUUUGUUGAACAGAAAAUUACUUUUAUUUAGUGCUUAAGAAUAUUAAAUAGUUUAAUUUAGUCAUCAAAGUUUUGUAACUCAUUAAAGAUGUCAAAAGUUUAUUACCUAACUAACAAUUAAACAGUGCCAGCCCUAUCGAAAAACUCUAUUGUCCCAUUAAGUAACCCGAUUCACUCCAACGCCUGGGUGAAUAGGGACAAGUGAGUUUUUGUAUUUUUUUAUGAUUAUUCUUUAAUAAACUAUAUCUUAAUGCAUUAUAAAUGAAAAUUUAAAUUACCGGAACCAUUAUGAUUUCAGUUUUAUUACUAAAAAAAAAACGAUAAAAUCAAUGUCGAGCUCAAAAAGUGUCCCGAUUCCCCCCAUUUUACGGUAAAUUCGCGUAUCUUUAAAAAGAAAGGGUCUUGUGAUUUCGACUUUAAAUGUGAGCGGGAUGUGUUCGAUCGAGAACCACCAUUACAACGAGAGGCUGACGAUACGAGUGCACAAUCGAAGCGGUAACUCGAAUUCGAAUCGCGAUUAAAAAAAAAUACUUUUAGCUUCAAUAAUUUGAUCAUGUUCAACGUGCUGUGUCACAUUGUGUUAUUGCAUUUGUGAUGGAUGUUGUUAGUAGAGUCCGCCGCCGCCCGGACCAGCAGUGCUGUCUGUACGAACGCUACGUUUGCCAUAUGUGUUAGUGAGAUGGUCGAUACGUUCCAAAAUAUGUUUUUUUUUUUAAAUUUUUUUUUAAUUCCCACAAAUAUUAUGUUAUCUGCCAAAAUGUCGGGUGCAUUCGAGAUAAUUGAAUUAAUUAACAAACAAACAAAAAAAAAACUUAUUCGUUCACAGUGAAACGUUCACAAACUAAUCAUUAUCGCUUAUUUUGUUGUAAUAUUUAACUCGUUAGUGAUUAUUUGAAUUUGACUGGAUGUAAGAUUAAGGUGAUUAUUGAUUUUGUUUAACUGACCUUCGUUUAACGUUAAUUAUUUGUAUUUCCCAUUUUUUACCGCUUGUAUAGCUAAAAAUAAGACGAGGCACAUUUUACCUGGUAAUUGUACUGCCUUAUUCUGUAAAUAAUUGUUUUUGUAUACAGCUAUUUAUUAAAAGAAUGUUAAACGAGAAAUGAUUUAAUGUCAUUUUUCAUUGUUCAAUAAUGAUUGGUCAUCAAUAAUAUACUACCGAUAGUAUAUCGUAUGCAAAUAUAUUGUAUUAUUAAAAAGCGUAACGAAAUAAUAUUGAA